AUGUUGUUUCGCUACGAGAGUUUAGCUUCGUUAUUGGCCUGUGUUGAGGCUGUCGCGGCUUUAUAUAGCAGUAAUGUUAAGAUCUCUCAGCGAGAUUUUUCUUCGAGGAAAACGAAUAGUUUGGGGGCUAUUAAUGUGCGUUCGGCGGAACAAAAACGAGGAGGCGCGAAUUUUAAACUGAGUUUGGUGUGUACGCAUCAUUAUGCUGAUCAUGAUUCAAUUAUUCGAGGAACACAUUCGAGAUUUGCAUCCACAUCGAUGAAAUAUAACUUACCUGCUGUCAGUUUAGAAGAUAUCGAACUUACGGUCAAGAAUAUUAUAUGUUCAAAGUCAACUAUUAUCGUUGAAUUCCCUUCUGCGAAUUUAUUAGUUGAGGCAGAGAAAGAAUGGAAAGAUUUCUCGCGAUUUUUAGUCAUUUCAUCACAUGCCGGGUGUAAUGACCAGAAUUCGCGGGCUCCUUAUUUAGUGUCCAAGGUGGAAUACGUUCUCAAAUCCAAUACCGCCAUCCUCUCCGUGCGACGUAUCGAAUGGAGCAAAGCAUACGAUACAAUGGAAGUAAAAUUCGGCAUGCGCAAAUACGAUAGUAGCGCCCUUCGUAUACAUAGUGAUUUGCGCAAACGAAUUACUUCAACAGUCUCAGUAUCAUCUUCUGAAACUAUUUCUUUUCCUUCAGCGCCAUCGGCAACACCAACCUCAGAUACAUCGGUUCAUGAUAUUGGAUACUCGGUACCUGCGGGUUUUAAUCUUGGAAGUUUCUCAACUUCAACUGAUGGUACAGGUGGAUCUUUAUCAAUAAAUUGUGGUAAUUGUUCAAUUGAAGGUUCAAUCGAAUUAACUCAGGGUGUCUUUACAAUUAGCGACUCCUCGCUCGAUGCAAAAAAAGCAGUGAAUUUUGUAGAGAAUGGCUAUUUCGACAUGGAAGUCAAUGGAUUAGGUGCUCAUAUCGAGAUUGAUUCUGCAGUUGCGGGAACAUUUACGGAAUCUUUCACUAUGGAACUGAUGACGUUGGCUUUACCGGGUUUUCAGAUCCCAGAUAUCGCAGCAACAGGACCGAUGUGGACACCCGCAAUUCAAGGUUCUAUCAGUGUCUCUAGGAAUCUAAACUUCACUUACGGUUUCGACGUUUCCGUCCCAGAUAAAUCCUCCAUCCGUCUUAACAUUGGUAAUCUUACCGAAUCAACUUCUUCUAGUUUCAGCGACUCCGCUAUCACUACUCUUCCCCUCACUGCGACCGAUCCCUCUAUUUCCCUAACUCUCUCACUCGCCCUUCAUUCCGAACUCCUCCUCGGUGUCAACAUACUAUCAGGCAAAGGUUCCAUAGCCGCAGGCGCCCUCCUCGAUCUUCCUGCUCUCUCCGUUACAAUCUCCGAACUCACCUCAGUAGACGAAAAUUGCAAUCCAGCUCAAAACUCCUCCUCAAGUGUCAACAAUCUGGACUAUUUCUCCUCUCUCACAAACAUCGUUCCACAAGCGGAUAUAGCGAUAGGACUCCAAGCUGGUAUUCAAUUGGCAAUUCCGGAUCUACAUUUUGUGGAAAAUGUAGGAACGACGGUUACGCUUGCUGGAACGAGUAUGUUGCUUCCGACGCAGUGUAUGAGUUUUGAUGGGGGGAAGAAGGAAUUCGUUACUCCUAAGGCUACUGGAAGCUCGAGUUCGAGUUUGAGUACGGGUACAGUGGGAAGUUCGAAGAAGUCGAAUGCAGUGAAAAUGGUUUCCGUGCCGGUGCUGGGGAGUGGAGGGUUUGGAGGGCUGUCAGGGUGUGUGGUUUUUUUUGGCGUUGGGGUUAUGAUGAUGAUUGAAUGA